AUGCAGCAAUUUGCCAUCAAUCACAAUCUAGCUAUGAUCUUUGACUCGGCACACCUGGGCCUUCAUGUCAUUAACAAUCCUUCUCAGCAUAGGGCUAUCUCGGUUCGGACUAAAUCAACCGUCGUGGAAGCCUUAUUAGGAGCUGUUUAUGAAAACACCGGCAUUCAAACUGCGCUGGCAGUCAUGCGUUACCUCCAAAUGGAGUGA